AUGAUAGCUUUGGAAGAAUACACUGAGGAGUUGCAACAGAAGAGAAUUGAAAAAGGUAUAUUUUAGUUAGAAAACAGCCUUUUAGAACCAAGUAUAAGCGGACUUACAUUGACUAGAAACAGCACAAAGUUUGGAUUGGCUAUUCAAGUUGACUUUAAGAAUACCAUUGGAUCAUCAACUUCCAUAAGCUUUAAAAUUCACUUACUUCAUCUAAUUAAUAAUUAGCAAAUUUCAUUAAAAAUUCAAAUUUUAUUGAAAAAUACAUAUUUAUAUUUUUUUAUUUUUUUCAGUCUUAAUUCAUUUUACAAAAUAGGGAAGUUAGAAGGAAAAUAUCCAUUUCAGCCUCCGAGAAUAACAUGUGAAACUAUUUACGGCUACCCUUCAAUUUCAGACGGAAGAGAUUUGCUUGACAAUAUCUUGAAAAAACAAUGAACCCCUAAUACCACUGUUGUUGAAAUUAUUAACUGCUUAAAAUCAUUUAUUUCAGAAUUAGCCCACAAUCCAAGCAUAAGGCCUGGAAGUUUUAAGCUUGGGACCGCAAUGUCAUUGGAUUCUUGGGACAAUAAACGAGAUAUGAAAUGUUUCAGAUGUAUCGAGCUUGACCCACAAAAUCCGAAAUUUACAAGAGACCGAGCGUUGGUUAUUACACAUACCCAUAUAUUGCAGCUUGAAUUAAAUUCACUCUACGAAGGAGUUGGACACUUAGUGUGUUGGAGUUCCUUGCAGCUUCUUUCAGCUGUUAAAAAAGGACGAUCAGAUCCCGAUAGACUAAUUUUUGAAUGGAAACCAAUUAAUAAUAACCCCCAGCUCGCUCAGCAGUUCAAAGUUAAAGACCAUGACGCCCUCAUUGAAGUUAUUUCUGAAAACCUCAAAAAACUUGGAGGCAGCGUAAAAAGACAUGUCGUCCAAGAAGUCCCAAAAAUAAAGGAAGAAGAAGUCAACGCCAGCAGCCUGAAGAAAAUUAAAAUCAAAGACAUAUUAAAAGCAAUUGCAAACUUAGAAAAAGAAACAGCUGUUGUUAUGAACUAUAAAAACGUGCAUGCUCUAAUAGAUUAUUAUCAAAAAGCUAUUGAAUAUUAUUCAGCCUUGAGCGAUGAAAAAUUUGAAGAAUACAUACAAAAGCUCCAAAAAUUAUUUUCCAAUGAAAAAGUCCUAGCAAUUUUAAACUCCCCGGAGCCAAAAGCUGAAGAAACCAAAUCAGGGAAAAGACCAAGAGUCAAAGAUGAGCCCGUGGAACUGCAAAGCGCACCAGAGAAUUUUGGAGAUAAAUGGCCAUCGUCAGAAGUGAUUAAUGAGAAAACGACUGAAGAAACUAAAACGACUUUUGAGGACUCUGGAGAUAAGUGGCCAACAGAAGAAAAAAUUCAUGAAGUAGAAGAGAAAAUCCAUAUUGAAGAUUAUGGAGAAAAAUGGCCAAGUGAAGAAGAAAUAAAGGAAAAAAGGACAGAAGGGAUUAAUGAGCUAUUGCAGCAGCUGGAAAGAGAAUUAAAUGAUAAUGAUGAAGACGAGUAUGAUGAAAAUAUGGUCAAUGAAAUUUUGGAGACUGAAAUAACUGCGGGAGUAAAGAAUGUGAAAAUUGAUGAGGAAAGUAAUGAAAAUAAGGAAAAAACAUCGAGUGAAACAGAAAAUACUAAUGAGGGGGCUGGAAAGGAGAAUGAAGAAAGUAAGGAAGGAAUUGCUGAAGCUGGUGAGCAAAAUACAGUAAGUCAGGAGAUGAGUUUGGAAACCAAUGUAGAAGAGGAGCCAAAUGUAAUACAAAAUGCAGAAAGUGGGGUAGAAAAAGAAAUAAUUGAAGACUCUAAAAAUGAAGAGUUAAAUUAA